AUGUUUUAUGAAGCAUUGGCAUUGGCUAUUGCAUCAUCGUAUAUUUUUGCCAUUUAUGCAUUUCAACCCGUGAGGUUGAAAUACAAGUCUCGAGAUGACCUAGAAGUAAUGCAAUUCAGGUUUUACCGUGUUGGGAUGCUAUCAUUCAUACUUUUGGCGUUGGUCCCCUAUCUAGUCCAAGGUGAGUUUGUGGAAAAUAUAAAGUUUAUGGGCUUGAUACCAGGUUUCACUUCAAAUAUGAACCUUCAAGAGGAUAUAAAGGGCAUCGGCUAUUCCGCCAUGUUUAUUGUAAUCCUUUUUUCGUCUUCUAUCUUUCAGAUGCUAGAAACUGAUGGUAUUGAUGAAGAUGAUGAAAAUGUAAAUGAACGAGAUGGUAAUCAGAACGAGAGAUCGUUUUGGUAUAGGGACCUAGUGUUUGCUCCCAUCACAGAAGAGCUCAUAUAUCGUGGCCUUGUACUUCUUGUGGUGAGGAAAGAGAUUCCCAAUUUUCUCAAAUUCACACCUUUUUUGUUUGGAAUUGCACAUGUCCAUCAUGGUUGGCAACUAUACUGUAAGCGAGUUGCAUUACUGCAAAUUCUCAUCUCAAUUUCUUUCCAAUUUGCGUAUACAUCGCUAUUCGGCUACUUGAGUAAUUGGAUUUACUUAAAGACACAAAAUUUGUGGGCACCGAUUAUUGUCCACCUGGGAUGCAACUAUUUUGGCUUUCCGUCAUUCAGCAUUAGUUCAGAUCUUUUGGCACUGAGAGUUGUGUACUUCUUUUUGAUUUUCUUAGGAGCAGGCUUUGCACUAAGGGAAUACUGUGCGUCGUGA